UAGGAGGGGGAGAAAGUUCGGUUUCUGGCUGUUGCCUACCAAUUGUUUGAUGAAUUGCCCACUUAUUUUUAUCUCAAAUUCAGAAAUCCAAAAUGACAUCAACCCGAGUUAGGGUAUUCAUCAGCCUCCAAUCACGACUGAGCUCACAUUUUCUCUCAAGAGUAAGUAGCUUUUGCUCGAAGGCUUCCACAACUAUUGACAAGGCAAACGAAACGACCGAACAAGCAUCGCUUCAAGAGAGGUCAACCAGCUACUCUAGCAAGAUUCAUUUUUCUCCGUUACUCGGUGAUAGCAGGCCUAAUUUGGAUGGUUAUAAUAUUGAGCUCGUGGACGAUGACGCCUGGCAGGUAUCAUCGAGUUUAGUUCAUGCAUGGCGAGGAUUGGAUAGGGAAAAGGAAGCGAAGUCAGUGAUUGAGGCAUUCGGUGAGCAGUUUGAUGAUGUUAAAUCUUUGCAGGGUAACCCUGAUUUUGAUGAGAUUGAUAAUAUGAGAAUUCGAGGUAAUCUCUUUUACAAGCUUGAUCGGGACUCCAAAGAGUUUGAAGAGUACAGUUUCGACUUCCACAGGAAGAACUCUUGGAGGAGGAAAGAUGAUCCUAAGGGAAAUGAAAAGAAAGAAUCUUCAAAGAAGAAUGAAAGUAGUAAAGAAAGCAAAAGGAAGGAAAACAGAAGCUGUAAUUCAGCUUUUGAUGUUGAAAAACUUCCAAGAAUAGCAAAGGAUCCGAAGGUUUAUACUUUGGUUAGUAACAUGGAUAGUUCUGGCGGUGCCGAGAAAAAGAAGAUCAGGACUCCGACUUUCAAUCAGCUUACAGGUCCUUAUCAUGAGCCAUUUUGCCUUGACAUUUACAUAUCAAAAGCCUCUGUCCGCGCUUGUGUUAUACACCGGGUAACUAGUAAGGUGGUGGCCGUGGCACAUUCGAUAUCUAAGGAUUUUAAAUUCGACCUGGCUUCAACCAAGAAUGCAACUGCUUGUGCUGCUGUUGGAGGGAUUUUAGCUCAGAGAGCAUUAGCAGAUGAUAUUCAUGAUGUGGUCUACACGCCAAGAAAGGGGGAGAGAUUGGAGGGAAAGCUUCAGAUUGUGCUGCAGGCUAUUAUCGACAAUGGCAUUAAUGUGAAGGUGAAGCUUAAGCAAAGGAAGCCAUCGAAGGCUAGGUUCCCAUCCACUGGUUUGAAGCUUGAUGCAGGGUUGACUGUUCAAUGAGUUCCUUUUAUCAUCUACAAGCCUUACAUUAUGGCAUUGCUUACAUUUGUUGCAAACAGCUUCUCUUUUAAGUAGUACCAGACAACUCUGCUUUUAGAAAGAUAAUUGAGAAAUGGAGUGCGCUUCAUUUCCCUCCUUAUAGAAGCAGUUGAUAAAGUUUUAUCGAGUUAGCUAACUAGAACAGAAUUUAGUGCUUGGAUUUCAUGUCCAGUGGCAUAAAGAGGGUCAGUUCCUCCAUUUGCUGAGCAAGGGACUCGUGUCCACCAUUAGAGAGUUGCAAGUUCGUAAUCUAUUCUGCUGCUAUCGGCAUUGCUUACAACAACCAGGGGCACACUUGCUGAUUGUAAUGCUCUGUUACUUGUGGUAUGCAAACUAGAACUGAGGAUCGUCUUGCGUUAGUCUUUGUAUAUAAUCUGACGAGGUGUUGUUCAAGCUUGUUGUGCACAAAUGAAUGAAAAAAUUUGAAAUCCCUUGCAACAAUUCAUGUCAUUAUUUAAUCGAUGUCUUGCUAUUGGAUAUAUCUACACCUCUCGACCACAUUCAACAAUUCAUAA